UUAGUUUCGAAUGACGUGAGUGCGCAGUAAUUCGCGCCAGUCAGACAGCAGACGACAUUGAGUCCGUGGUGUUCUGUCAUUCUUAAAAUUUAAAUUACAUUUAUUUUGGAAAAAUUAAUUAAUCUUUAUAAUUGCAUUAAUGUCGCAAGGCAUUAAUGUUGCUGUCAUACGAAACAAAAAUAUAAUUUCGAUGUCUAAACAAUAUUUGAAAUAUCGUAAAAGCAUUCAAUUUCUGUGAAAUAACGCAUAAGCAACAUGGAAGUGCUGGAUCCUAGUGUCUCAAGAGAUGACCAGCCUUUAUGCAUUAACGAUUCUUUAGAAAAAGCUAUUUUACCAGAAGUACCAUCAGAUACAAAAUCAUGCAUAAAAGCAAGGUAUACACUGGGUUUUUUAGGAUUUCUAGGGUUUGCUUUGGUAUAUGCCAUGAGAGUAAAUUUAUCUGUUGCUAUUGUAUCAAUGGUCAAUCAAACAGCUGUGCCACAUAGCGAUGACAAUGAUACUACUGAUGUUUGUCCUAACAAAAGGCCCAUUAAUGGAACAUUUAUUCCAAGUGCAGGAGAGUUUGACUGGGAUGAAAGAACUCAAGGUAUUAUAUUGGGUGCAUUCUUUCUUGGCUAUGUAAUUACAAACGUCCCAGGCGGCAGAAUGGCUGAGAAAUUUGGAGGAAAAUUAAUUUAUGGAUUAGGAAUAUUUCUGACUGCAGUAUUGACUGUAAUCAGUCCUUUUGCAGCCUAUGCAGGAUUAGUACCAUUUUUAGCUGUACGAGUAGCAGAGGGAUUUACAGAGGGUGUAACAUUCCCUGCAAUGCACAGUAUGUUAGCACAAUGGGUACCUCCUUUAGAGAGAAGCAAAUUUGCUGCUGUCGUAUAUGCAGGAUCAAACUUUGGAACUGUUAUAUCAUUACCAGUGAGUGGAUGGUUAUGUUCUCUAGAACUUUGGGGUGGAUGGCCAUUUGCAUUUUAUUUGUUCGGUGGACUUGGCAUUAUAUGGUAUGCAUUUUGGCUUAUUUUCAUCUUUGAUACACCAGCGGAGCAUACAAGAAUUGACCCUCAAGAAAGAAUGUAUAUUGAAGCUAGUGUGGAAAAAAAAGAGGAAAAUGAUGCAGGAGUUCCUUGGUUGUCAGUAUUCACAUCAUUACCUAUCUGGGCUAUAACGAUAACACAAUGUGGACAGUCAUGGGCAUUUUAUACUCUUUUAACUGAAUUACCAACAUAUAUGGAUAAAAUUUUGCAUUUCGAUGUACAACAGGAUGCAUUUCUUUCAGCACUACCUUAUUUAAGUUCUUGGAUAGUCGGGCUUGGUAUAUCAAGUUUCGCAGAUGCUCUUCUCGCCCAGCAGCUUUUAUCUCCUUUAACAUCAUUUAGACUAUGGAAUACAGUGGCUUCUUUAGGACCUAGUCUCAGUUUUAUUGGUGCUAUUUGGGCUGAAUGUGACCGUAUGACUGUAAUGAUGAUGCUCGCUGGUUUAGGAUCUCUGCAAGGCGCAGUAUACGCUGGGAAUCAAAUGAAUCACAUUGCUCUAGCACCACGAUAUGCAGGGACUCUUUAUGGACUUACAAAUGCUGCAGCAAAUGCUUGUGGAUUCUUAGCACCAUACAUAAUUGGAAGAUUAGUUCAAGGACACGAAACACUAGCACGUUGGCACACAGUAUUCUGGCUGGCAGCAGGAAUAAACGUAAUAACCAACUUCUUUUACGUGAUUUUUGCAUCUGCUACGGAACAACCGUGGAGUAAAGGUAGCAGUUGAUGACAAAGCUUUAUUAGACGUCAAAUAUUUAAUAUGGAAAAUAACUUAGCGUUAGAUAGAGUCGCGCAUAGCUCAUUUUAAUUCAUUAAUGAAAUGUUAAUACCUUUAGUUGGUUGAGCACAAAGUUUUCGUUUCAAUUUGCUUGCAAAAAGGAAACUUUGGAUUGAAAAAAUAAUUGUUUCAUUUCAUUAAUAUAUAUUCGACUAAUAGUUAAUUAAAAUUUUAAUGCAUUAAUAUUUUCUAUUAUUUUAACAAAGUAUUGAAUACACUUU